CGCGCCCACCCAUCACUUUCCCUGCACCCCGCCCCUUUACCGGAUCUCGCUAGUGUCCGCCAGGCCGCCUUCAGCCUGAGCUGAGACUGAGCUGAGUCUGAGCCCGCUCGUUGCACGGAAAAGGGGAGGGAAAAGCGGCGGCGGCCGAGAAGGAGCAUUGUCUGGGCAGGUGGAAGACGAUACGUUGCCCCGCAGCUAGCAGCACCACCUGUCGCUAGACGAGGAGCCCGGUAAAAGAGAAGAUGUUCUCCAGAUUAAGAAUAGUUACUUCUCCUUGUAUAUUGGCAUGUCGAAGUGUGCACACCAGAGAAAAAGGCAAGCCUUUAAUGUUGAAUCCAAGAACAAACAAAGGAAUGGCAUUUACAUUGCGAGAACGACAAAUGCUUGGACUUCAAGGACUUCUACCUCCUAAAAUAGAGACACAGGAUAUUCAAGCUUUACGAUUCCACAGAAACAUAAAAAGAAUAAGUGAUCCUUUGGAAAAAUAUAUCUAUAUAAUGGGGGUCCAAGAAAGAAAUGAAAAGUUAUUUUAUAGGAUUCUUCAAGAUGAUAUUGAAAGAUUAAUGCCAAUAGUAUAUACCCCAACAGUGGGUCUAGCCUGUUCACAAUAUGGACACAUCUUUCGAAGACCAAGGGGAUUAUUUAUUUCAAUCUCAGACAGAGGCCAUAUUAGAUCAAUUGUGGAUAACUGGCCAGAAAAUGAUGUUAAGGCUGUUGUGGUAACUGACGGAGAGAGAAUAUUGGGUCUUGGAGAUCUGGGUGUCUAUGGAAUGGGAAUUCCAGUAGGAAAGCUUUGUUUAUAUACAGCUUGUGCUGGAAUACGACCAGAUAAGUGCCUCCCUGUGUGUAUUGACGUGGGAACUGACAAUCCAUCACUCUUAAAAGAUCCAUUUUAUAUGGGCUUAUAUCAGAAGAGAGAUCGUUCACAGCGUUAUGAUGACCUGAUUGAUGAAUUUAUGGAAGCCAUUACCGACAGAUAUGGCCAGAACACACUUAUUCAGUUUGAAGACUUUGGAAAUCAUAAUGCUUUCAGGUUCCUGAGAAAAUAUCGAGAAAAAUAUUGCAUCUUUAAUGAUGAUAUUCAAGGGACAGCUUCUGUAGCACUAGCAGGUCUUCUUUCUGUACAGAAAUUUCUUGGUAAACCAAUCUCAGAGCAUACUAUCUUGUUCCUUGGAGCUGGAGAGGCUGCUCUUGGAAUUGCAAAUCUCAUUGUUAUGGCCAUGAUGGAAAAUGGCAUUUCGGAAGAAGUAGCACGAAAAAAAAUCUGGAUGUUUGACAAGUUUGGCUUAUUAGUUAAGGGAAGGAAAGAUAUGAUAGAUAGCCAUCAAGAACCAUUUGCUCACUUAGCUCCUGAAAACAUACCUAAUACUUUUGAAGAUGCAGUAAAUGUACUUAAACCUACAGCUAUUAUUGGUGUUGCAGGUGCAGGCCGACUUUUUACUCCUAAUGUGAUCAAAGCCAUGGCCUCAAUCAAUGAGCAGCCAGUGAUAUUUGCAUUAAGUAAUCCAACAGUAAAGGCUGAAUGCACAGCUGAAGAAGCAUACACCCUUACAGAGGGUCGAUGCCUAUUUGCCAGUGGUAGUCCAUUUGAGCCUGUGAAAUUACAAGAUGGGAGAUGUUUUAUCCCAGGCCAAGGAAACAAUGCUUACAUUUUCCCAGGUGUGGCUCUAGCUGUAAUUCUUAGUGGUGUUCGGCAUAUCAAUGAGCAUGUCUUUCUAGAAGCUUCAAAGGCAUUGGCAGAACAAGUGACAGAAAAGGAACUAGCCCAGGGAAGGCUGUACCCACGACUCUCUAAUAUUCAGGAAGUUUCAAUUAACAUUGCCAUUAGAAUUACAGAAUAUCUGUAUGCCAAGAAGAUGGCUUUCCGUUACCCAGAACCAGAGAACAAGACUGAAUAUGUUAGAUCAAGAAUAUGGCGAAGCGACUAUGAUUCCUUGCUGCCAGAUGUAUAUGAAUGGCCUGAAUUUUGCAUCACAACCUCCAAAUUACAUGAUUAGAGGCCAUCCUCCUAGAAGAACACUUGCUAAACUGCAGGACCUUCUCCCCACUUUUUCUUGACCAAGUAGUGAAAACAUUUGAGAUUUGCAUUUUCCCCCAUAUUUUGUUGACUUACUCCAUUUUUCCUUGAUUAAUUUCACCAAGUAUCUACAAAUCUUAUUUGUGAUAGACUACAUCACCUACAUUGUUCAUGCUUUUCAAAAAAAUAGUUCAAAUGACUAUAAUGUUCUAAUUCAAACUUGGAGCACAUACCACAUCAUAAAUGUUUAAAAUAUAUAUAUAUAUAUUUUUAAUAUGUAUUUAUUUGUAUUCCCAUUCACUGCUGACUGCCAAAGUAAAGUUACUUCUGCCAUUAUAAGUAAUAAUCUUCUCCCAGCCAAUUCCUUCAGGAUUAUUUAAAAUUCACUCCUGUGGUUGUGAAUAACAAAUUUUGAACUUGAAGCAAGUAAUCCCUUUAAUUAGAAAAUCUACAUUUAUCCAAAGUCUAGAGGAAAGCUUUACCUGGUAUCCAAAAUGUUACUCCUUUAUUCUGCUGCUUUUAAACCAUAGACUUUGUAAAUCUCUGACAGACUAGGUUUUGUGAGAGAGAAAAAGUUUACCAUAAUAUUUAUUCUCUCUAUAUGGCCGAAAAUGUUAUAUGGUAGAGUGAAAUGGGAGCUAGUACCAGCUUUAGAAAAAACUAAAGAAGUGAUCAGCCAGUCUAUUGAAAAAAUACACCAAAAUUGUAAUCCAGACCCUUUUAGUUUUGCAUAGGUAAUAUUGCAUAUCAUUCAUAGCACACUAAUUAAUUGUUCAAACUUGAAAUUAUAUUCUGAAGAAAGAAUAGUUUACAACACUUCCACUUCCUUGAAUUCAAAUGACUCCUUAGAAAGAGGAUAUAAUAUAGUAGAGUACAUAAUAUAACUGUACCAUAUAUACAUAAAUUAUUCAGCUAAAUGUAUUGUUCCUUUCAUAAUCAUCACUUUGGGAAUCUAUGUGCUUCCUCAACUGCCCUGCUAUUUCUCACUAUUUUUUGGAACUCCUUGGAGUUAUUUCAAAGCACUGGGGCAUUGUUUUUGUUUUUACUAAAAUCCUUAUCCUUUGUGGUGGAUUUGAGUUUUACAAAUAACCAAAUUGUUCAGAGAAAAACUGAAGCCUGGCAAUAAGAUGGGUUAUGAAGAUGGGUAAUGCCUUUUGCAGGCUAGGAAUUUAAUAUGAAUAAUAUGAAAUAAUAUUAUUUUUCUUUCUUAUAAAUUGGCUUUUGGAGAUACUUCCAAACAAAGUUCCAGAUUUGAAAAUAAAAUUUAUUUGGAAGUAUACAUUUUGGUCAAACAUAGUACCUCAUAAUCUUAUUUCAAAUAUGUAAGUUAUUUGAUUCUUUCUCCAAAAUAUUCAAGUGCUUUAACAUUAUAGAAAAAAUGUAUAGUGUUCUUUUAAGAGGGAAUCCUCUUUGUUUCAUUUCUUCAAUAGAACAAGUUGUUGAAAAGUGAAUGAUGGAAAUUCUGAGUAUGAUUAAGUGUUUUUGAAACUUAGAAAACUUUCAGUUGAUUUCCUUUUGUAUAAUAAAGCUAUAUAGGAGAUUUAGUUUAAACAAUUGUAAACAGAUGCCCUAAUUAUUUACCACUUAAACAAUCUGUGUUUUAUAAAUCAGUUUCCUAUGAAAUAAGUAAAUUAGGUCCACAGUUAAGCAUUUUUCAUGCUUGGAGAUAAAGCAUUUAACUUUUUUUUCUCAUUGAUCUUCAUUUAAAAUAAGUACUCCUUUAAAAUGAUCCUAUCCAUGAAAUUGUAAUAAUUUGAGGUUCUAAUGUAGUAAUUAAACAGGUGGCAAUAAUUACAGAUAAUUUCAUCUAUUGUUUUUUUGAAGCCAGGAACAAUGCAUUAGAAAGUUAAUUUUAUGUUCUUGGUAAAUAUGUCCAAUACUGUAUCUUCACUGUAUAGUUAAGCAUUUUAGAAAUAAAAUGAAUAUAUUUAAUGAAUGCCCUCAUACCAUAUCUCAAAUAAGGCAGUAUGCUUUGUGUUAACUUGUCUUGGGGAAAAAUGUCUUGCACAUUUUGGUAAUAUGGUUUUCAAGAAAAUGUUAGUGAAAAUAAAACUUGGUAGUUGUAAGUUUAAAAUUAAAAUCUCAAGUUACAUGAUAUCUUUAAGCUGCUAGACACCAGUGUCUCUAUGGUAACAGAAAAUUAAGAAUUUUAUUUUUUACUUAACAAUAGAAGUUUGCUAAUGUCAUGUGAUAAUGAUUACAAAUUCAUGCUGUUUUUAUUGGUGGUAUAUAUAUUACUCAAGAAUUGGUACUUUCUAAAUUGACUACAACAAUGUGCACACUAGCUGAAAAUAUUAACACUGAGAAACAGAUUGGGAACAAACUGGAAAUAACUAAAACAUUUUGGUUUCUAUGAGGGUUGUAUCUGGGGAAUAUGUAAUGACUUUGAUGAGGAACUGAAAAGUAGCUGCACCUUAUAGGAGAAAGAAGAAACUAGAACCAUUGUUAGUUUGUCAGAAAUGGUGAAACAAUGUUAUAAUCUGGUACUGGGUAUAGUGUAGGCAAAUGGAGCACUUUAUAUUCGAAUAAGGGAAAGAUUGCUCCAUGAUAUCCUUUCCCCAAGGUGCAGAGAAGGUUAAUUUACAGUAUAAUGGGAAAAGUAUAUGAGUUUCCUAUUUGGUUUUAAAUGCUUAAAGUAUAAAGUGUGGUAUGAGUUUUAAGUUCUAAACUGUGAAUGGUUUUCUCUGCCAUUUAGAUAUUUUUUUAAAAUACCAACUCAGAUGAUGUUUUUACAUAGAAUGAAUGACUUUUCAUCUAUUUUUGCUAUGCUUAGUGUUUACAAUCUAUAAGUUCACUUAAAUUUAAGGUGUUAUUCUGAGAAAUAAUGUAAUUCAUUUGAAUUGAAGAUACUGCUUCAGAAGGUUCCCUGAAAAUACAUCUAACUACAAUACAUUUCAUUUGUAUUGGUUUAGAAAGUGACUAAUCAAAUAUGACAAACCUUUUUACCUUUGCAAAGAGGAGUAAGAUGAGAAAGCACUGAUUUUUCAAUAGAUUGUUAUUGUCUCCUGACAAUUUACAUUACCCUAGGACACUAAAUUCAAAGACCCUGAGAAUAAGUC